UUCCAGACCUCAGAAAAGCCCGAGACAGUGAUCAGGUUCUUCAGAAAUCACGGUUUCUCUAAUAUUCAAAUAAACUAUAUGGUUACAAAGGCACCGUGGUUGCUUUCUUGUGACCCCUGCAAAAGGUUAUUGCCAAAGUUUGAGUUUUUUCUCUCAAAGGAUGUUUCUAGCUCUGAAAUUGUUGACCUAAUAAGUAAGUACCCUAGAGUACUGCGUCCAAGCCUGGAGAAUCAUAUAGUCCCAACCUAUGAAUUGAUAUAUAAGUUCUUGCAAUCUCAUGUGAGGACUACUCGUUGUAUGUUUGGUAAUACAUUUUACUCUUGCGGGGAUCGUCUGGCGCACAACAUCAUAUUGCUGCUAGAGAAUGAAGUAAAAGAAUCAAACAUUGCAAGAUUGCUUGGGAACCAUAGUAAGGUGAUCUUUGCCUCAAAUGAUAUAAUUAAGUUGGUGAAGGAAGUAAAGGAUUUGGGGUUUGAUCCUUCAAAAGCAACUUUUGUUAUAGCGUUGAUGGCCAUAAAAAAAACAAGUCCUUCCCUGUGGAAGGAGAAAGUUGAUACCUUCAAGAAAUGGGGUUGGUCUGAUGAAGCUGUGUCUGAAGCAUUUAGGAGGCACCCUCACGUUAUGUUGACAUCUAUUAAAAAAAUAAAUGCUGUGAUGAACCUUUGGGUCAAUCAGUUG